ACGGCUGCGGGUUUGACAGCGAAAGCUGAUCAUUGUUUUCCUGCGAAUCUGGCACAUUGACUGACCCCACCGCCUCGGCCAGCUACGACGAUGAGGACGGCAGUAGUGUGCGUUGUGUUGGUGGUGCUGGUGGCGACCGACGCCGCUAGCUACUACAAGAGGCAUCGGCACCAGCAAGGCUCCAACUAUGCAGACUCUAUCGGUCGGGAGGCCUGGGACAUGCAGCACCAAUGGAACACAGAUGAUGAGGACCUGACCAGGGACACCUGGCAGCCUGAGAUUGCUGUGGACAAUGCUGAUGCAAACUUUGUUCAGGAGGACCCAUGCCGCUGGGUGAAGUGUGGCCGACAUAAAGUGUGUAUGCCCAGUUCGGACGGGUCUGUGGAGUGUAUCAGCAAGAAGAAGCUGGGCAACGGGAAGAAGACGUGGUCCAAGUACCAGGAGAAGAAGGACAGGUAUGGCUGCACCCCGUGCCCUGUUGUGCGCCCGGAGCCUGUCUGUGGCACUGAUGGUGUCACUUACUCCUCACAGUGUAAGCUCAUGUAUCAGGCCUGUGUAUCUGGCAAGGAUAUCCAAGAGGAGUGCACUGGCAAAUGCCCCUGCAAGCCUCAGAUCCCAGAUUUGUUUUCUGUAACUAAAUCCCAAGAGCUGACCACUGACCCCAAAGCCCAAGCUAGCUUGAUGUCUAACAAAAAGUCAUUAUAUAACAGGUCCCCUCAUAACCUUUUCUCUAAGCAGUCUUACUACAAGCAUUUAUCUGCCAAGUAUGCCCCAGGUAGUUACUACCCUUAUGGAGGCAAGUCUGGAACUAACUUUAAGUCAAAAUCUAAGUACGGUAGCUACUGGUCAAAACCAUUAAUCACCAAAAAAGUAGUGUUAGAGAAACUGUAUAAACCAAAGUAUGGACAUUUCCAGAAAGAUACAAUUAAGAAGGAAAGCUAUACCAAGAAUCUCCCGAAAGAUAAGGCUGUUGAUGUACAAAAGUUUGCUGUUGAGGAUGAUUCUAAGAAUGAAGUAAGUUAUAGCAACCCCAUGAAUAUAGAGAGAAACAUUCCCAAUUCGAUUUCAUCCUUCCCAUCAGACUCUCAACAGCACAGCCAUCUCAAAGCAGGUGCUCUUAAACACAGUAGAAAAUCUCAGACCACAAUGUCCAACAGAAUCAUAGAAAACUCACAUGUUACAGAGAAUGAUGGAAUACAAAGGCAUGUCUCAUUCAAGUUUGAGGAACAAAAGCCUGAUAGUGCAAUAAAACCAAAUUUGUUCAUCUCCAAACAAGACAAGAAAUACAUUCUCCACAAAAUGGUGGAAAGGAUAGAAGACGUCAGCAUGGAUCCAUUGUCAUCCUCUGGUGAACAAAAAACAGAAAGUCUUACAGAGAAAAAGCCUGUUAUGAUUGAAUCAAAGUAUCCUGAAGGAAAAAUGGUUGGUGGUAUUGAAGACGUAACUUCUGACACAAACUAUGCAGACGUGGAAGGGUAUAAAAUACCAACAGGGAAAUCAGAUGGUGUUGUCUAUGCUUAUGUCAAGUUUCCUACACAUCAUUCUAAUAAGAUAGACUUCAGUAUAGAGAAGAAAGAUUUUAGUGCCUUUCCAGUCAGCUAUCCUAAGGUAACAACACUCCAAAGAGACAAUUUUGAAGGUUUAGAAACUGACAAAUCAGUCCAUAAGGAGCUUGUCCCAGUAGUGGAAGAGAAGCCAGAGGAGGAUGUAAUAGUAAACUUGGAGAACAUUGCUGUGCCCUCACUAACAGUUCAAGCUGCCCCCAACCUCCCCCCUGCAGAGAGGAGUGAGAUCAUCACGCCUGAUGAGGUACAGUUCCAGGCACCGCUAGAGGACCAGAUCCCCCUGGACCCAGGACUAGAGGGGGAGGAGGAUGAAGAAGAAGAGGGGGAGGAGCUCGAUGGCAAAGUCUGCUCCACUGAGGAACUAGAGGACAUGGGGAACCGCCUGCUGGAGUGGUUUAAAGUCCUCAGGAAGAACGAGGAGAAGGAAAAGCCUGACACCAACAAGAAUGUACAGAUAUGCUAUGAGCCAGCUGUGGGCUGGAUGUUCAGCAAGCUGGAUGUGAACUUCGACCUCUUCCUGAGCAAGAAGGAGCUGUCACUCAUAGAGUACGAUGAGUACGAGCACUGCAUCACUCCCUUCAUCGACAGGUGUGACCGCAUCAAGGACGGCAUCCUGUCAGCAAAUGAGUGGUGCUCUUGUUUCGAGGAAGCCAAGCCACCAUGCUUUGCUGAACUGGACAAGGUUCCUUUGGCAGAAGUGAACGGACAACGGAAGUUCCUGCUUGGUGCAUACAUCCCUCGGUGUUCUGAGGAUGGAUACUACAUGACGGAGCAGUGCAAUGGCCCCUACUGCUGGUGUGUGGACAAACAUGGUCAUGAACUAGAGGACACACGGACUCGUGGACAUGCUGUCUGCGAUGCAAUUGGAGCUGACAUUCCCCUAGACAAGAAGGCUGCUGAUGAAGAGGAAGUAGUAGAGGAGGAGGAGGAUGAUGAGAUGCCUGAGGAGGAGGAGGAGCCAGAGGAGGAUGGGGGUUUUGAGGAAACCACUGAUGAUGAGGACUACACUGAUGCCUCUGGAGAUGACUAUGAAGAGGAGGAAAUCGAACCUUAAACACCCCUACUUCCUUAAGAGGCUCUUUUGGCAAAUACAUGUAUUACAUGACCCAUGUUUAUGCAAAUUGAAAGUAUAGAUACUCAAGUCACAGUUAUGAGUAGGUCAGAAAAACCUUGAAUGAGGAACAACAAAUUGUUCAAUUCAAAUGAAUGCAUAAUACAAAUUGUAGGUUCCUGUCGGUGCCAGGAUGUAAUAUUGUUCUGUAGUCUUCAGACUUCACUUAUAUUUCAUUAUAAUGAUAAAUAAAGGGGUUAUAUUAGAUUGAAGCAUUUCACAAAUUGGGACAAAAGCCUGUGAGUUCCUGUACAUACACAAUGUACAAGUUGUGGGAGGUGCUGAAUUUGUAUAGGGGUUACAAAGUUCAACUUUUGCAAGGAAAUGUCAUUUUGUAUAGAAAUGAGCUGUAACGUUGUAGAAUUUGAUUCCAGAACACAUGAAAAAAAUGUUGUAGAUGAUAAUUCUUCAAUGGUUAUAUCUGGCAUAGGAAUGUCUGUGUUUGAUGAUCACGUAGUAAUAACAUUACUUAGGUUAUCUUUAAGCAAAGUAUAUGAAAUAUCUAGCACUCAAGUCUUGGGAUUAUGCAACAUGCAACUGUGGAUUAUGUAGAUUUUGCAUCCACAAGCUCCCACAUCUACGCACAUAGCAAACUGUGUUCUAGUAAGAAAUAUCAGAUUUUAGAUUAUGAGACAAUAAGCUGCACUAUCAAGUAGUUUUCAUGUAACAAAGGCUUACAUGUAUACCUAAUGUGAUACUAAGCAAUUUGGUGUGGAAGGAUGUACACAUGUAUGUUUUGAAUGUGGUAACCAUUUACAAAAAUGGUUUAUUUAACUGAAAAAAAUCAAGAGUUGAACAUAAUUUUAGACAUUUAUACAUAGAUUGCAUAGACUGUUGUUGACUCUAAUAACUUUUUGAUAGCUGUUUAGCAGUAACUGCUACUAUUAUUUACCCACCGGUGUGGCAUAGAUUGAAGUAUGAUUGUUAAAAGAGAGACAUUGUAAGCAGUAACAGAUAAAUCCAACAAUACAGCAGCGCACCGUCUUUGAAGAUUGGAACUGCAGUCAACUGACGAUCAUGUAACUGACAGUGUCAAGAUUAUUAUGAAUGAUAUUAUAAUAGCAUUUGUGCCCUAGGCACUGAUUGGUUGAUCCUAUCAAAAGCAAACUUGCUCCAGACCACAGGUCCACAAGUGGAAGUAUUUUACUAUAUGAAAUGUUGUGUUGGUUUUGUUUGUUCCUGUUUGUCAGGUAUUUCAUAAUGAAUGAGAAUGUCUUACACCCUUUGGUCUUUGUGUGGUGUUUUAAUCAGAGUUGUUCAAUUAAAGAUUAAGGUGAUCACA